CCUCUCAUCAUGUAUCUCAAUUCCAGUAUUCUACCCAUCAAAGUAAAAGAAACAAAAAUAACAAAAUGCGAAUAAUUGUUUUCUUCUUAUUUAUUCACUGUCUGAAUAUUAGCUUCAUCAGUGGCGAAAUAUUAUCAGAACAAAAAGCAUUAUUAGCUAUUAAAUCUGCCAUUAAAGAUGAUCCUCAUAAAAGUCUAUCAUCUUGGAAAAACUCUACUCACCAUUGCAAUUGGUCGUUCGUCACUUGCUCUUCGUCUUCUCACUCUCCCACUGUCAUUUCCCUGAACAUCUCCAACUUAAAACUCAAUGGUACUCUAUCUCCUCAAAUCGGUUUUCUUACAAACCUGCAAUAUCUAUCACUCCAUGAUAACUAUUUUUAUGGGCAUGUCCCGUCUUCUCUUCCUCUCCUUACAAAACUCCAAUAUCUCAACCUUAGAUUUAACAGCUUUAGUGGUGAGAUACCAAAUUCUUUUUCUCUUCUUACAAAUUUGAAAUAUUUGUAUUUCUCAAAUAAUCAAUUACAUGGUGAGAUACCAAAUUCUUUUUCUCUUCUUACAAAUUUGAUUCAUUUGGGUUUAUCAAAUAAUCAAUUACAUGGUGAGAUACCAAAUUCUUUUUCUCUUCUUACAAAUUUGAUUUAUUUGAAUUUAUCAAAUAAUCAAUUACAUGGUGAGAUACCAAAUUCUUUUUCUCUUCUUACAAAUUUGAAUUAUUUGCGUUUAUCAAAUAAUCAAUUACAUGGUGAGAUACCAAAUUCUUUUUCUCUUCUUACAAAUUUGAAUUAUUUGGGUUUAUCAAAGAAUCAAUUACAUGGUGAGAUACCAAAUUCUUUUUCUCUUCUUACAAAUUUGAUUGAUUUGGAUUUAUCAUAUAAUCAAUUGCAUGGUGAGAUACCGAAUUCUUUUUCUCUUCUUUCAAAUUUAAGUUAUUUGGAUUUGUCAUAUAAUCAAUUACAUGGUGAGAUACCAAAUUCUUUAUCUCUUCUUACAAAUUUGGAUGAUUUGGUUUUAUCAUAUAAUCAAUUGCAUGGUGAGAUACCGAAUUCUUUUUCUCUUCUUUCAAAUUUGAUUUAUUUGGAUUUAUCAUAUAAUCAAUUGCAUGGUGAGAUAUCGAAUUCUUUUUCUCUUCUCUCAAAUUUGAUUUAUUUGGAUUUAUCAUAUAAUCAACUCACGGGUUUGUUACCUGUCAACAUUGGAAAUCUUACAAGUCUUCGUUAUUUCUUUGUUGCCAACAAUAACUUGAUUGGAAAAAUCACACCACAGAUAACAGGAUACAAUGUCACGAAUUUUAUAAACUCUUCUAUCUGCAACUUGGUUAAUCUUCAAAUCCUUGAUUUAUCUUAUAACAAGUUUAAUGGAGAUGUUCCUCAUUGCUUGGGCAAUAGUAGUACUAAAUUAUUUGUAUUGAAUCUCCAAUCAAAUAAUUUCAAGGGCAUCAUUCCAUCAACAUUUUCUACUUAUGAUUCAUUGGAAUAUGUAGAUUUCACUGACAAUCAGUUAGAAGGAGCUAUACCUAGGUCUUUAUCUAAAUGUAGAAACCUGAAAGUCCUAAAUUUGAGCAACAACAAAUUCAAAGAUGUAUUCCCCUAUUGGUUAGGUAGACUUUUCUGGUACCAUAUCACCAUGUAUCUCAUCAUAAAUAAUGAUCCUCAUAAAAGUCUAUCAUCUUGGAAAAACACUACUCACCACUGCAAUUGGUCGUUCGUCACUUGCUCUUCGUCUUCUCACUCUCCUACUGUCAUUUCCCUAGACUUCUCCAACUUAAAACUCAAUGGUACUCUCUCUCCUCAAAUCGGUUUUCUUACAAACCUGCAAAACCUAUCUCUCCUUUUUAACGAUUUUUAUGGGCAUGUCCCGUCUUCUCUUCCUCUCCUUACAAAACUCCAUUAUCUCAACCUACAAUUUAACCAAUUUAGUGGCCGACUGCCUUUAUUUGUUAAUAUGUUGGAGCUUCGGUGCCUUUCCCUUGGUGGGAACCGCUUUUUUGGUUCAAUAUCGCAAGAGUUUAUUAUUAAACUUCAAAAGCUUCAAGUUUUGGAUCUUUCUGGCAACAUUCUUUGGGGAUUACUUCCUUAUGAAUUAGGAUUCUUAAAGAGGUUGAAAACUUUAAAUUUAUCAAAUAACCUUUUACAAGGUGAGAUACCAAAUUCUUUUUCUCUUCUUACAAAUUUGAUUCAUUUGGAUUUAUCAAUUACUCAAUUAGAUGGUGAGAUACCAAAUUCUUUUUCUCUUCCUACAAAUUUAAUUUAUUUGAAUUUAUUAGAUAUCCUUUUACAUGGUGAGAUACUAAAUUCUUUUUCUCUUCUUACAAAUUUGAUUCAUUUGGAUUUAUCAAUUAAUCAAUUAGAUGGUGAGAUAACAAAUUCUUUUUCUCUUCCUACAAAUUUAAUUUAUUUGAAUUUAUCAGAUAACCUUUUACAUGGUGAGAUACUAAAUUCUUUUUCUCUUCUUACAAAUUUGAUUCAUUUGGAUUUAUCAAAUAUUCAAAUACAUGGUGAGAUACCAAAUUCUUUUUCUCUUCUUACAAAUUUGAUUCUUUUGGAUUUAUCAUAUAAUCAAUUACAUGGUGGGAUACCAAAUUCUUUUUCUCUUCUUACAAAUUUGAUUCAUUUGGAUUUAUCAAAUAAUCAAUUACAUGGUGAGAUACCAAAUUCUUUUUCUCUUCUUACAAAUUUGAUUCAUUUGGAUUUAUCAAAUAAUCCAUUACCUGGUGAGAUACCAAAUUCUUUUUCUCUUCUUACAAAUUUGAUUCAUUUGGGUUUAUCAAAUAAUCAAUUACAUGGUGAGAUACCAAAUUCUUUUUCUCUUCUUACAAAUUUGAUUCAUUUGGAUUUAUCAAAUAAUCAAUUACAUGGUGAGAUACCAACUUCUUUUUCUCUUCUUAUAAACUUGACGUACUUAAGUCUUUGUCAAAACAACUUACAAGGUUUCAUACCAGAGUUUAUUGGAUAUUUAUCUUUGUUAAAAGAACUUCAUAUUUGGGAAAAUAACUUUAAAGGAAGUAUUCCACAUAAGUUGGGGACGAAUGGGUUAUUGAGAUACCUAGAUGUUUCUUCAAAUAAGCUUAGUGGUCCAAUCCCUGAGAGUUUAGGGAGUUGUAAGUUACUAUAUUUUCUAAAUAUGACAGAUAAUCAACUCACGGGUCAGUUACCUAUCAACAUUGGAAAGCUUACGAGUCUUAGUUAUUUGUUGGUUGCCAACAAUAACUUGAUUGGAAAAAUUACACCACAGAUUACAGGAUACAAUGUCACGAAUUUUAAAAACUCUUCUAUCUGCAAUUUGGUUGAUCUUGAAAUCUUUGACUUAUCUUAUAACAAGUUUAAUGGAGAAGUUCCUCAUUGCUUGGGCAAUACUAGUAAUAACUUAAUUGUAUUGAAUCUCCAAUCAAAUAAUUUCAAGGGCACCAUUCCAUCAGCAUUUUCUACUUGUGAUUCUUUGGAAUAUAUAGAUUUCACUGACAAUCAGUUAGAAGGAGCUAUACCUAGGUCUUUAUCUAAAUGUAGAAACCUGAAAGUCCUAAAUUUGAGGAACAACAAAUUCAAAGAUGUAUUCCCUUUUUGGUUAGGUAGCCUUCCGUCUUUAGAGGUUCUCAGCCUACCCUUUAAUAAAUUUCAUGGUGAUAUAACUAACAAUUUAUCAAAGAUUGCAACAUCUCCUUUUUCAAAUCUACAAAUUCUCGACCUUUCAAACAAUAAUUUCUGUGGUAAGUUGCCAUUCAUGUACAUCAAUCAAUUUCGUUCCAUGAUGGAUAUCGACAUGUCUACUAUAGAAAGUCCAAGGUACUUAGAAGAUGAAUUUGUUGGUUUUGGGUAUGCGUACUCCAUCAAGAUGAUAGUAAAGGGGGUGGAACUGGAUUAUAAGAAGAUAAUUACUUCUUUGUCAACAUUUGAUAUGUCUAAUAAUCACUUUGAAGGAGAGAUUCCAAAUUCUAUAGGGAUGUUGCGAGCACUUCGAAAUCUUAAUCUCUCGCAUAACCUACUUACCGGAAACAUCCCUCCAUCCAUCGGGAACUUAUCAUUGUUGGACGGUUUAGACCUAUCAUCAAAUAGGCUUAUCGGUGAAAUCCCUCAAGAACUUGUUAGUUUAACAUUUCUCGGGGUUUUUAAUGUUUCAUAUAAUCAACUAGAAGGGCCUAUACCCCAUGGUAAUAAUUUUAAUACCUUCUCAUCUGAUUCGUACGUGGGCAAUUUUGAAUUGUGUGGAGCACCAUUACAUGAAUGCAAAAACAAUACUGUUGUGCAAUCUUUGAACAAUAAUAAUGUGGAAGAAAAAACAGAAUUAUCGAUGUGGGAAGUUGUAAUGAUUGGAUUUGGAAGUGGUACAAUAGUUGGUUUGGCUUGGGGGUACUACAUAUUGUCAGUGGGGAAGCCUUUUUGGCUUUUUAAAUUGUUGAACAAGAUGGAAUGGGCUUUACUUGAUUUUCAUGACCACCAUUUCAGUAGAAGAAGUAUAACAAGAAGAACAAAGAAUUAAAAGUGAUCAUCUAUCUGAGAAACAUUUCAUUUGUAGCAAGAAGUAGAGUAUGAUGGAAUGAGCCUUUUUGGGCUUUACUUGAAUUUGUAGCAUUUUCUUUUUCUUUUUACUGUAUUUUACUCAUAAUUAUAAUUUGUGAUAAUAACAUUUCUUUUCUAUAAAAAAAUGUAAAUGUGUGCCAAAUGGGUGAAUGUGAUAAUCUAUCUAAGAAAGAAACAUUUCAUUUCAUGAGAUGUCUAUAAAGCAUAAGAUGUCAUGUUUUCCACUGCAUUGUUAAGUUAGUUGAUUUCGUUUUU